AUGGCCACCAAUGGAGUUCAUUCGGUCGACUCGGACCCCCCCUCCGGAGUCCCUCCUGCGCCCACCGAUCCUCACAAAGUCGUCGAGCUUCAUAAAUUGAGUCUUGCCUCCUUAUCUCCGUCCACCCAGGCGAUUCAUGCCGAUGAUGCCUAUAAUGUCGUCGAUGACGUGGCUCCGCCCAUACAUGUGAGCACCACUUUUCGAUACGACAAAGAUCCCGCCCAGCUGCGGCCCUACUACGAACGACCUGAACCUAUUUAUGCACCCACCGAGCAUAUCUAUUCUCGCCAUACCACUCAUAGUACCUCGCGUCUGGAAGCAAUUCUGGGCACCCUCUUGCACAAUCCCUGUCUCACAUACUCUUCCGGUUUGUCAGCGUUCAACGCUCUCAUUACCUUUUUGAAUCCCAAGAGAGUAGCGAUUGGUGCUGGAUACCACGGAUGUCAUGGAGUGUUGAAGCUGCACCAGAGACUUUCAGGCUGCAAGAUACUUCCGCUGAACUGUAAACCCGAAGACCUGGAGGAGGGCGAUCUGUUACAUUUGGAGACACCAGUCAACCCUACAGGUUUGGCAUUCAAUAUCCAACACUAUGCCGAUGUUGCGCAUUCGCGAGGGGCAUAUCUCAGUGUUGAUUCCACAUUUGCACCUCCGCCAUUGCAGGAUCCAUUCAAGCACGGCGCAGAUGUCGUCAUGCACUCCGGAACAAAGUACAUUGGCGGACAUUCCGACAUGCUCUGUGGUGUUUUGGCGGUCAAGCAAAAAGAAUGGAUACCCAAAAUGCUGGAAGACCGGUUGUAUCUUGGUUCCGUCAUGGGCGGUUUGGAAGGUUGGCUAGGAGUGAGGAGUUUGCGCACGCUAGAGUUGAGAGUUAUGAGACAAAGCGAAACUGCUCGGAGGAUAGUCGAUGCGCUCGAUGGUGCUCUGACUGGCUUGACAGUGGGUACUGGACUGUCACAAUCAGAUGUCGACAUUAUCAAAUCGGUGCUGAAACAGGUCCACCAUGCAAGUCUUCAAACCCAGGAUUACAAAACCUGGUUGAAGAAGCAGAUGCCUAACGGAUACGGUCCCGUAUUCUCCAUCGUAUUGAAGACUCCGAAGCUUGCUCGAACAUUGCCAAGCAAGUUGCACCUCUUCCACCAUGCCACAAGCUUGGGCGGAGUCGAGAGUCUGAUCGAAUGGCGGACGAUGACCGACUCGUCGGUGGAGAAAGAUCUCUUGCGGAUCAGCAUUGGCAUUGAGGACGAGAAAGAUCUCCUUGAUGAUCUCAUCCAGGGGUUCAAGGCUCUCGGGGCAUCAAACUCGUCCUGA